GCUAUCAAGUGUCAAGGUUCACACGCAAAGAUUCGAACGUGCCAUAGCGCACCGUCAUAGCUAAAAUUUGAUCAAUGAUUCAAAAUCCAUAUCGGCGUUUCCUCGUAUCGGGCGGAGCUAUCUGGCCGAUAAGUGAUAGCGCGCCGUCCAGCGGCUCGCAGUGACAAGCCGCUAGUGCAAAUGAGCGCACCGCUCGCCGCCACCGCCCGCGCCCGCGCCCCCCGCGCCUGAUGUGGCUGGGCGCCUGCGCCGCGCUGGCCGCGCUGGCCGCCGCGCGAGCCGUCGAGAACGUCACCGUCGUACGCAUGCCAGUGUCGCUGGAGGAGCUGCACACCAUCACCGUCGACGCCAACACAGAGUUUAUAUUGGAUUUUAUACCGAAUGCGGAGCAGAGCCGGUGGCCGACGCGGCUGUGGGUGAGUAGCAGCGGCGGCGACAUCGCGCGCCCGCUGCUGCUCACCAUCCGACAGAAGGCAGGCGCCAGCACGUGGCAGCUGCCGCAGCAGGUGCAGGGCCGGCUGCUGUUCCAGGUGGAGCGCACGCUGUGCCCCGACGACAGCGUGCUCAGCAACUCCACGGAAUGCGUGAGCGAGGAGGAGCUGCGCGCGCCGGGCUGGUUCUCGCUGCACGCGGUGUCGGCGUGCGCGCGCGCGCUCCACGUGCAGCUGCGCGCCACGCCGGCGCGCGACUGGCGCCUCGCCUUCCAGCAGCCGCAAGACACGCAGGUCACGCCGGAGGCGCCGCGCGUGCACUACUACGCCUUCGACGAGGAGCAGGAGCAGGUGCGCCUCGUCGUCAGCUCCGACGAUGAAGUCUGCGCCACCGUCGCCGUGCAGGACUACACGUGUCCCAUAACGGAGACUUUAGACGAGUUAGCUCUAUCAACAUUACGAAUGACCGUCCAACGCUCGGGAGCCGUGCAACUGUCGAUGANGCGCGACUGGCGCCUCGCCUUCCAGCAGCCGCAAGACACGCUGGUCUCGCCGGAGGCGCCGCGCGUGCACUACUACGCCUUCGAGGAGGAGCAGGAGCAGGUGCGCCUCGUCGUCAGCUCCGACGAUGACGUCUGCGCCACCGUCGCCGUGCAGGACUACACGUGUCCCAUAACGGAAACUUUAGACGAGUUAGCUCUAUCGACAUUACGAAUGACCGUCCAACGCUCGGGAGCCGUGCAACUGUCGCGGAGCCGGUUCCCCCGCGGCUUCUACGUGGUGGUGGUGGUGCACCAGUCGGACGAGGCGUGCGCGGGCGAGCAGCCCGAGCAGGAGGACUGGCUGUGGGAGGCGGCGGUGUACGGCGCCGCGCCCACACACCGCGACACCCCGCGCACUAAGCUUAUCACGCUCGACACACGGCCGGCGCUGUCGCGCGCGCAGUACGCGGUGGCGGCGGGCGCGUCGCUGGCGGUGUUCGCGUGCGUGUACGCGGCCUUCGGGCUGCUGGUGCUGGCGCAGCGCUGGCCGCGCUUCGGCCGCCUCGUGGCGCCGCGCGCCGUGCUGCGCGACCCGCCGCGUACCGAAGAAACCGCUGUGGAGUCUCAGAUAGACGCCAGCCAACUUACUACCGGAACGCCAGCACGGCGAAAACGAAGAUCCUCAGACGCGACAUUCGACAGCAGCGACAACAGCGACUCGGACGAGUCCGACGAAGAGAGCGCCCCGUCCCCCGCGCCCGCCGCGUCCUCCGCUCGUAACGGGGGCCCGCCCGCCGCCGACAGCCCAGACGGUGACGUCGGCAGUCCCACCAAUGGCUUCAGAAACAACAUAAACAGCGACCCCCCGACAGUGUUCGUGAUCCCGUCGGGCGGCGUGAGCAACCGCGGCUUCGCGCCGUCCACGCCGCUGGACGGGCCGCCCGCGCCCGCGCCGCCGCCGCCGCUCGACGCCGCGCCCGCCGUCGCCAACGGACAGCCGGCGCCGGUCGCCGGCGAGGAGCAGCAGGCGGCGCGUCCGUUCGGGCUGCCGGCGCGGCUGCGCGUGGCGGCGCUGGCGCGGCGGCGCGAGCGGGUGCUGCGCGCGCGCUCCGACCGCUACCUCACCACGCUGGCCACCGUCGCCGUGUUCUACGCGCUGCCCGUCAUACAGUUCGUCGUCGCCUUCCAGAUCGUGAUGAACCUGUCGGGCUCGCUGGACCUGUGCUACUACAACUUCCUGUGCGCGCACCCGGCGGGGCAGCUGGCGGACUUCAACCACGUGCUGUCCAACGCCGGCUACCUGCUGCUGGGCGCGCUGUUCCUGCUGCAGCUGCGCCGCCGCCAAAGCCUGCGCGCGCGUCACCCGCGACACGAGGAGUACGGCAUCCCGGCGCACUACGGGCUGCUGGCGGCGCUGGGCGCGGGCAUGAUGGUGGUGGCGCUGCUGUCGGCCAGCUACCACGUGUGCCCCAACCGGCUCAACUUCCAGUUCGACACGGCGUUCAUGUACGUGCUGGCGGUGCUGAGCAUGGUGAAGAUCUACCAGUCGCGCCACCCCGACGUCAACGCGCGCGCGCACGCCACCUUCGGCGUGCUGGCCGUGCUCAUCGCCAUCGUGGUGUGGGGCGUGCUGGGCGGCGGCGCGCUGUUCUGGGGCGUGUUCACGGUGCUGCACGUGUUCACGUUCCUGCUGCUGUCGCUGCGCAUCUACUACCUCGGCCAGUUCCGCCUCGAGAAGGAGACGCUGUCGCGCGCGGCGCGGGGGCUGCGGGCGCUGCCGGCGCGCGGGCUGCGGCCGCUGUACUCGGCGCGGCUCGUCAUGCUCGUCAUCGCCAACGCCGUCAACUGGGCCUUCGCCAUCUACGGGCUGUUCAUGCAGAGCACGGACUUCGCGUCGCACCUGCUGUCGGUGCUGCUGUGCAACACGCUGGUGUACAUGGGCUUCUACCUGUGCAUGAAGCUGCUGCACGGCGAGCGGCCGCGCUGGUACGCCUGGGGCUUCCUGGGCGGCGCGGCGGCGGCCUGGGCGCCCGCGCUCUACUUCUUCCUGUCCGGCUCCUCCGACUGGGCCGCCACGCCCGCGCAGUCGCGCCACAGCAACCACGAGUGCCUCGUGCUGCAGUUCUACGACUCGCACGACCUGUGGCACAUGCUGUCGGCCGGCGCGCUGUACCUGUCCUUCAACGCCAUGCUGACGUGGGACGACGGGCUGGCCGCCGUGCCGCGCACCGAGAUCGCCGUCUUCUAGCCGCCAUGAGCCACCCGCCGGCCUGCCGCGCGCCGCCUGCCAUUUAAACCCCAGUUUUAACUGCUCGCCGGGCAGUUCGUGGGAGUGGCCUAGAGUCUAGGCAAAACGACACUACUUUUUAUGUUAAGUUAUAGUAAAUAAAAAAUAUUAAACUCUA